ACUAACGUUCUGCAUUGACAUUGUUUCAGAGCUGGAUCUUGUCACCCGCUAGGCCAGUGUUCUACCACUGAAUUACAUCUCUAUUCUAGCCUGAUUCCUUUAUGACAUUUCCUUCCAUUGAAAUCUUUGAGGGUGGAGCUAGUGAGAUGGUUCAGUGGGUAAAGGUGCUUGCCAGGCUAGUCUGGCGACACGAGCUUAACCACUGCAAACCACAUAAAAGUGGAAGGAGAGAACUGAUUCCACAAAGUUGUUCUCUGACCUCCACACUUGUGCGUGGCCCCUGGGUGUUCAUAUUCCCCGCACGCGCACAUGAUAAUAUUACUAAUCAUAAAAUCUUUGAGGGUGAAUAUGUCUCUGAGUGAAGUUCUGGGAAGGAACUUUAAGUCUGCAGAUGUGGAGAACACAAAGGAAAGAAAGCAUCUCCCCCUUUUCUUUGUGUGCUGUACAGCUCCUGACCUAUUGUGUUUUGCUGAGGAAGUCUGAAGAUGCAGUAAAUCUUUCUGAAAGUGCAAGGAAAGGUCCAUCACUUCCUGUUCCUAGCCCAGCGAUGGAGCACACCUCAGGCUCCUUUUGUCUUCUGAUAAUAAAAAGGAGGGUUAGAGCGCAGGGAUUUCUAGGCGCUAAAUCCGGGCGCUUACAAGCUUCCGUGGUUGCAGCGGUGGAAGUAGCUAUUGUAAGACAGAUGUUCACCAAAUUAAGGGUGCGCAAGAACAGGGGCCCACGGAGCAGACUUAGGGUAGCGCACAGGUGGGGGCAGCCGCCUGGUCUGGAGUCGUGGGCGCCUGUUUUCUGCAGGUGCUGCCUCCUCGCCUUGGUUUCCAAGAGGGCAGGAACCGCGCGUUGCAGGGUGCAGGACUUGACUCCUGGAACAGUUCACAAAUGUUAUUCCAGGUAGCAGACACCGAUCUUGUCAAGUGUCCACACAUGGCCCAGCCGAGGCAAACAGCAUUCAUACCAACCACCGCCCGCGAAGGGAGCGAGCGAGGGCUUGGGACGCUAGAGGGCUGGUCCGACUGGGUUCGGUACUGCUGUUUUGCGAUGAUUGCUUCCUCAGCCCGCUCAUCAUCCCUAUUCCCUAUCGUGAUUGGCUCUUCCUCCUGCCAAUCGGUUCCGCCGCGCUGACCUCCAUUGGCCCCCUACCUAGGCCCCGCCCCAUGAGCUGGGCACGGGCACUGGGGCGCCCGGGAGAGAACCCAGCUUGCUUGGGGCUUGGGGGGGAGGCGGUGGUGGCUCUGGAGAAGGAAGAAGAGUGGGGCGGGAGGAGGCAGCGGCGGCGAUCCGGCCAGGGUGAUGGUACAGGUGCCAGGGCCCGGCGCGGAGCUGCCGCGCUGAAGGGCGACGGGUCCGGAGUCCGCAGCGCCGCCGCGUCGCUCCCGGGGACGGGCGAGCGGGCGGGAAGAUGCUGAGCAGGUUGAUGAGCGGCAGCAGCAGGAGUCUGGAGCGCGAGUACAGCUGCACCGUGCGGCUGCUGGACGACAGCGAGUACACCUGCACCAUCCAGAGAGAUGCCAAAGGCCAGUACCUGUUUGACCUCCUUUGCCACCACCUGAACCUACUUGAGAAAGACUACUUUGGGAUUCGUUUUGUGGACCCAGAUAAGCAGCGGCACUGGUUGGAGUUUACAAAGUCCGUGGUGAAGCAGCUGAGAUCCCAGCCUCCGUUCACCAUGUGCUUCCGUGUGAAGUUCUACCCUGCAGACCCUGCUGCCCUGAAAGAAGAAAUAACCAGGUACUUAGUGUUCCUGCAGAUCAAAAGGGAUCUCUACCAUGGCCGUCUCCUCUGUAAAACGUCCGAUGCCGCCUUGUUAGCAGCCUAUAUCCUUCAAGCGGAGAUUGGGGAUUACGACCCAGGAAAGCACCCUGAAGGCUACAGCUCCAAGUUCCAAUUUUUCCCGAAACAUUCAGAGAAACUGGAAAAGAAAAUUGCCGAGAUUCACAAGACUGAACUCAGUGGUCAGACACCAGCAACAUCAGAGCUGAAUUUCCUAAGAAAGGCACAGACACUAGAGACCUACGGAGUGGACCCUCACCCAUGUAAGGAUGUGUCAGGAAAUGCUGCGUUUCUGGCCUUCACGCCUUUCGGGUUUGUUGUCCUGCAAGGAAACAAGAGGGUCCACUUCAUUAAGUGGAAUGAGGUGACCAAGCUGAAAUUUGAAGGGAAGACUUUCUAUUUAUAUGUAAGUCAGAAAGAGGAAAAAAAAAUCAUUCUCACAUAUUUUGCUCCAACCCCAGAAGCCUGCAAGCACCUCUGGAAGUGUGGGAUUGAGAAUCAAGCCUUCUACAAGCUGGAGAAGUCAAGCCAAGUUCGCACAGUGUCCAGCAGCAAUUUAUUCUUUAAAGGGAGCCGGUUCCGAUACAGCGGCCGGGUUGCAAAGGAAGUCAUGGAGUCAAGUGCCAAGAUCAAACGGGAGCCACCAGAAAUACACAGAGCAGGGAUGGUUCCUAGCCGCAGCUGCCCCUCCAUAACCCACGGCCCACGGCUGAGCAGCGUCCCUAGAACACGAAGAAGAGCUGUUCACAUCUCCAUCAUGGAAGGCCUGGAGUCCCUCCGAGACAGUGCCCACUCCACCCCAGUGCGGUCCUCUUCCCACGGGGACACCUUCUUGCCUCACGUGAGGAGCAGCCGGGCAGACAGCAACGAACGCGUGGCUGUGAUCGCAGACGAGGCCUACAGCCCCGCAGACAGCGUGCUACCCACCCCGGUGGCCGAGCACAGCCUGGAGCUGAUGCUGCUUUCCCGGCAGAUCAAUGGAGCCACGUGCAGCAUUGAGGAGGAGAAGGAGUCUGAGGCCAGCACCCCGACUGCGGCGGAGGUGGAGGCCCUCGGGGGAGAGCUGAGGGCCCUGUGCCAGGGGCACGGCGGGCCAGAGCAAGAACAGAGUGGGCAUGUGAAGGGACCACCACCACCACAGCAGCAGCAGCAAGAGGGGUGGGGUAAGUCUGUCCCUUAGAGUAGAGCCUGGUGGACAUCACUAGGUCUUAUUUAAUGGUUUGGGUUUUUUUCUGAAGAACUUUAAGACUCUUCUAGCGCUUCUGGGGUAUUAAAUGAAGUCAGUGGCAGCCAAGUGCACUGUGGGAAAUGUCCUGUGGCUUAGUUACCAGAGGCCUGUGCUAAGUGGCCUGAGAGCCUGCAGGGUGUAGAGAGCAGGGCUUGCUUUGUACAGUAUGCCCUUCCAAAAAAGGACUAUUUCAAGCUCUAUUUUAACAGCAAAAUGUUAUUUUCUUAUCUAUUCAUAUUUUGUUUUUACUUUGUGGAUUAAGAAAAUAGAACCUGAUGAACUUAUAGAUGCAAGAAACAGAUCUGAGGAAAACAUCAAGUGUCUCCUGGUCCCUUGGAAGGGACCAGGAGACACUCUAAAUAAACAGAAUCCCUAAGUGAUGCCUACAAGAGACAGAAUUUGACCAUGGCAGAGACCAGCACUCACUGUAGAAAUGCCACCUAUCGGGUCAGCCUCUGCUCCUGGAAAUAAGGCCAAGCAGAAAAUUGGGCAUCACUCACAGCAGCACAGGAACACACUAAGGUGAGCAGGAGUCCCCAGGCCUCUGCACUUAAAAACAAUCACACACAGAUCUUGUUUUCAUCUCAGGGAGGGGUUGCUAAGUCAUCUGAGGCCCAAGGACUUAUUAAAGGACAGUCAAGGGGUAUACUCCUGGGACCCAGACAAGAGCGGAGCUCAACAGCGCCAAAUGCAGGAGACUGGACUGUCGUACACGUGAGCUCCUCGUAAUUUUUUUUUGCCAUGUUCAUGUUCUGAAUAUAGCAGCCACAGAAAACCAGUGGUCUGGAGGAUGCCAGGGCAUUUACGUAAUUUUAAAGAUGCCAUUCAUAUCUAGACUAGAGGUCAGCAAAUCUCUUUUAACACAAUUUUGGUUUGUGGACCAUACUCUGCACACCUCUGAUAAUGUAUGCAUAAGGGAACGUGGCUUACUCCAAGAAAAUGCUAUUUUAGAAAAAAAGUGUAGGGCUGAGGAUGUAGCUCGGUGGGUAGAGUACUUGCCUAGCAUUCAUAAGGCCCUGAUUUCAUGGCUAACACUGCAUAAAACCAGGUGUGGUAGUAUAUACCUGUGGUCCCAGCAUUCAGCUGGAGACAGGAGGAUCAGAAGCUCAAG